GAAACUUAUGAAAUUAUGUAAGUUUAAGUUUGCAGGUGACGCCGCGACAAAGGGAUAAUCAAAAGGAGAAUUAAAAAAUAUGAAAAUGGCAUAAAACGAUGAUAUAUAAACUCGCAAAUUGUAAAAUGGCAAAUGGAUUGGCACAAUCCAAUUUUACUCGCACAUUCAGGAGAUGUACACGAAAGGAUCGACAGCAGCCAGUAUUGUACACGAAUUGUCUUCUACAAUGCUUCGUUCAUUCCAUCGCAGACUGUCUGAAGAAUUCGUUGAUGAUUACCAACCUCACACUUGAUGGUAUUCCGCUGGCAUCCAAGUAUCUAAGGAUCCUUGCUGAUGGCUUGGUAAAUAAUCGUAAUCUGCGAAACUUGUCAUUGGCCAGAUGUCGAAUAGGCGAUAUGGGAUGUUAUAUGCUGUUAGAAAGUUUGCAAUGUAAUUCAAAUCUUCACGUUCUGAAUCUGUCAUCAUGCUGCCUUACUAAUAGAAGCGCUACGUGUCUGUCAGUUUUCUUCAAAAAGAGAAAAGCAGAUUUAUUGCAAAAUGUUUGGAAGGAGUCAACAUUAUCUCGUGAUGCUCACACAACGAAGAAAGAAGGAUUGCAAAUACUAAUACUUGAUAAAAAUUACCGAUUUAGUGAUAUUGGUUUGAAGAAGUUGAUACGUAUAUUGAAAAAUGACUUUUGUCUCAAAACAUUAUGUUUACGAUGUUGCGGAAUUACUCAACGCGGAGGAGAAAUUGUGUUGGAACUUUUACAAACAAAUAGCGUGCUUACGCAGAUUGAUCUCAGGGAUAAUGAAGUAUCGGCUGACAUAUUGCAAAUUAUUCGUAAAUUUCUAAGAAAAAGGAAAAACAAAGGGAAAAGAAUACCAAAAAAAACAUUACUAAACCGCAAGCACUUUCUUGUACAAGAUAUAAUUCCUAAGGACAGAUCUUGUCAGCAUGCAUCGAAAAAGAACAGAUUUCUCAAAACUCAAACUCACACUCAAAUAAAAAUGCAGAAAGAUAGCAUUUUACAAAUGCAAAAGACCAGACAUGUAUGCAAGUUGAAAAAAAGUGAUAAAAAAUAUACAUUGCACACUGCAGUAAAUAAAAGUCAUAUCAAGUGGUAUAAAGCAGACGAAUUAAAAAAUCGUUUAUCUCUCAUGAUUGAACACAAUCAGAACUUAAUAAGGGACUUAGAAAUGAAUACUAAUUUUCUGUUGGAGGAAAGAGAUCGUCGUUUGAGUGCCGAAAAAGUAUAUCAUAAAAUACAACCCCGACUGAGAAAUCUCAAGAAUAAAAUUGCUAUGCAAAAUUCUAUCCAGUCGAAUAUGCGUUACGAAAAUCAAGUUUACGCAAAUCUACAAAACGUAUUUAAUGACUUGAAAAUAUCUACAAAUGAGAAAAUAUUAAGAGUAGAUGACAAAAGUCUUAGCGAAGAAGCUAAUGAAAACAAAAUUAAAUCUAAUUACAAUAAAAAUCAACCGUUUAAAAACGAUAUUGUUCAAUUUUUCAGAAGACACAAUUGUUCAAAAAUGAUGGAAAUCAUGAACGUCGGUGGCGUCGACGACAAAAAUACAUACGUCAGUCAGAGAGUAGUCGCUGUUGUAUAUGCGGCGACCACAAUCCCACCGUCGUAUGUGCAUAUAUGCGUACAAUAA